GCUGCCGGUGGGAGGAGCCUCGACAUCCGUAAAAGAGACGCAGAGAAGCAGGAGGCUCUCCAAGCUGCAAUAAAACACUGAUGCGUGCGCAAUAACGAAGGAAAAACUCAUCCAGACGUGCACCUGUGUCCUCUCGGCCGAAAGUAAAGUGGUUGACUAUGGCAGGUAAGCAGCAGAGAGCGACCACUGCCUCAGAGGGCUCCACUGAAACCAAAAGGACAGAAGUCAGGACCACGGAAAAGAAGUGCUCAUGGGCCUCCUACAUGACUAACAUUCCCACUGUGAUUGUAAUGAUUGGUCUGCCUGCUCGGGGAAAGACAUACAUGUCCAAGAAGCUGACACGCUACCUCAACUGGAUUGGAGUGCCAACUAAAGUGUUUAACCUUGGAGUUUAUAGAAGAGAAGCAGUCAAGUCUUAUAAAUCCUAUGAUUUCUUCAGGCAUGACAACAAAGAGGCCAUGCAGAUCAGGAAACAGUGUGCCCUGGUUGCCCUGCAGGAUGUCAAGUCAUAUCUCAGUGAUGAAGGAGGACAGAUCGCUGUAUUUGAUGCUACGAACACAACCAGAGAGAGACGAGAGCUCAUUCUAAACUUUGCCAAAGAAAAUGCCUACAAGGUGUUUUUUGUUGAGUCGAUUUGUGAUGAUCCUGACGUCAUUGCUGAAAACAUACUGGAAGUGAAGGUGUCCAGUCCAGAUUACCCUGAACAGGACCGAGAGAGCGUCAUGGAGGACUUCCUCAAGAGAAUCGAAUGUUACAAAGUGACCUACAAACCUCUGGAUCCUGACGGCCAUGACAAGGACUUGUCCUUUAUCCAGGUCAUCAAUGUGGGCCGGCGGUUUCUGGUGAACAAAGUGCAGGAUUACAUCCAGAGUAAGAUCGUGUACUACCUCAUGAACAUCCACGUGCACUCUCACUCCAUCUACCUCUGUCGCCAUGGAGAGAGCCACCACAACGUGGAGGGGCGCAUCGGGGGGGACUCCGAGCUCACAGAAAACGGAAAACAGUUUGCUGCGGCGCUCAAGACUUUUGUAGAAGAACACCACGUAUCUGACCUGAAAGCGUGGACCAGUCAGCUCAGACGCACCAUACAAACUGCAGAAGAGCUGGGGGUCCCCUAUGAGCAGUGGAAGAUCCUCAAUGAAAUUGAUGCUGGAGUGUGUGAAGAUAUGACAUACAAGAUGAUUGAAGAAACAUAUCCAGAAGAAUAUGCCAUGAGAAACCAAGACAAGUACCACUAUCGCUACCCUGGAGGAGAGUCCUACCAAGACCUGGUGCAGCGUUUGGAGCCUGUUAUUAUGGAGCUUGAGAGACAGGGGAAUGUGCUGGUCAUCUGUCACCAGGCUGUCAUGCGAUGCUUACUGGCUUACUUCCUGGACAAGAGUGCAGAUGACCUCCCGUACUUGAAGUGCCCCCUGCACACUGUUCUAAAACUGACGCCAGUGGCCUAUGGUUGUAAAGUAGAGGAGUUUGACUUAAAAGUUAAAGCUGUCAACACACACAGAGACCGAAUAUGGAAAAAGGCAGAGAACGAGGUGCCACCUGCUUUCCUCCGGAGGAACAGUUUCACCCCACUGUCGACUCAGGACCAGUUCAAGAGACCCCGACUUUACAGCGCAGGCAACUCCUCACAGACUCGCAUCCCUCACACGCAUACAUUACCCAGCAUGCAGUUCUCUGAAGUUUCUGAAAAAGCAGAGCUUCAAAGCCAGGAGAUGUUAAAUGGUUUUGCUGCAGUGAAAGACUCAGACUCACCUCAGUCUUAAAGGAGUUACAGAAGAGCUACUGUACUUCUCCAACAUGUGUUCAUUUGAAGAAACCAAACACAUUGCCUAUUGCACGGUACCAACACAACUAACACCAACUAGUUAUUGUAAACAGUUUUAAUGUUAUAUUUAUGUAGAUAUAUUUUUAGUUACGCUUUCAGCUUCUUUCAGAAAAUACGUAGCUUUUUUCUUUAAUGUAAGGCCAACUUUAACUAGAUUGUUACCGUCUAUUGUCUUAAUAUUUUAGGUUACAUAUAGUUACAAAUUACUGUGACUUUAUUUUUGUUUUAAUGUUUUUCUGUAGACGUUUAUUCCAUGUCUGUACACUCCAAAAAGAAAACAAAUGUUGACCUCUUAUCCUUUUAAGGUGUAACUAAACACAAAAUCCAAUUGCUUUAACUGUGAAUGGUGUUUUAAUAGCAUUAUCAACUGUACUUAGUUUUUUUUUCUUUUGUUUUUUUUUUGUAAAUUUUUGUGCUAACUAGAUACAAGUGGCCACUGCAAUUUCAAGUACUACGUGACAUCACACAGGACUGCCCUGAUUGCAGCCAGGUGUUUCUAGUUACAAACACCUGGCUGCAGAGGCGGAGUUUAAAAUGUGGAUACCUGAUUAAGCAUUCACAGUGUUCCUCAUAUGUUCACACCCCAACCCUCCUCCGCCCUCACUCUUUGCCCUCCAGGCACUUCCCAGUUUAGCAGCUCUAUUUGUCUAUUUAAAAUGUGGUUGUGGGCAGAGUUUAGGAGUUUAGUCCCACUUUAAAUAUUUUAUGUUGAUCCAGACCACAUUUUUAUAUUUGGUUAGUCUAUUUAAGUGUAUACAUUCAAUUAACAUGAAAUAUGUAAAGGAGCAAGGUACAUAUUUAAUCAACAUUACUUUUUAAAGUCUUUUAAAUCUUAUGUGUUUCAAUUGGCAGCAGGUAAAUCCUUCAUGAGACUUCACCCAAAAUAGGAAAAAAUCUCCCCUUUUCUGGGCCCCAGUAGUUUGAAUGGGAACAUUGUGCAUAGUCAUCUUCUGAAUGAAGGUGUGUUUUUGAUAUAAAAGUUCUUUGCUAACUAACCUAAAUAUUGUUAAUGUGUUUGUUAAAGGUGUAUACUACUGCAUACUACUGCUGUGGCUUAUCCUGCUGUAAUGUAGCUGCAUGUUCUCUGUAUCAGGGCUGCACAAUAUCUCGAAAUUUGAAUUUGUUGUAAUCACUUAGAUAAAAGGAAGUCCCCACAAAUCAAGGUUUGUGUGUCUGGAGAGCAUUUGAUUGUUGUAUUGGUUUAGCAGUUCACUCAGUCUUCUCUCACAAGUUAAUUCUCCUCAAAGUGAUUCUAUUGUGCCCUGAACUGAAUUCUGAUUUGAAAACUAAUUUAAUAUUUUGAAGUGUAUUAUUAUUUAUUUGAAAGUAGUGCAGCCCUGGUCUGUAUACCUCACUGGAUCCUCAGGUCUUCAGCUCCAGUGCCUCUCUACUGUCGAUAAAGCUCUUUGUGGAACAUUCUGUACAAUGAUUUAAUGUAAAAAGUUUAAUUUGAAAUGUAUAAUACUUUUAUUUGGCCAAGAGCAUUUGAGCAGAUAUAUGUUAAGCAAGUUUCUGGUGCC